GGUGCCGCAGCCCCGCGUGGACCCCCGGGACAGCCUCUGCCCGUGGACUCGCCUCCAUGGCCCCCUCCAUCCGCCUCUCGCCCGCCACCCGCAGCCUCUUCGAUGAGCCGCUGGCCAUCGCUGUGCAGGGCCUCGGCCCGCGGCAGCAGGUCACACUGAGGACAUCCUUGCGGGAUGAGAAGGGAGAGCUCUUCCAGGCCAGUGCCCGCUACCAGGCGGGGGACGACGGGGAGCUGGACCUCGCCCGCUGUCCUGCGCUGCCGGGAGGCAGCUUCUCUGGCCUGGAGCCCAUGGGGCUGCUCUGGGCUUUGCAGCCCCAGAGGCCCUUCUGGCGGCUGGUGAAGCGGGACGUUCAGAGCCCCUUCCUCCUGCAGCUGGAGGUGUUUGAGGGCCACGGGAAGCCUCCAGGGCGGCUCCUGGCCCAGGCGCAGCACGAGCGGGCGUUCCUGCGGGACGGGGUGCGGAGAGUCCCGGUGCGAGAGGGGAGGAUCCGGGCGACGCUUUUUCUGCCCCCCGGAAAUGGCCCCUUUCCGGGAAUUAUUGACUUAUAUGGAACUGGAGGAGGACUCCCUGAAUACAGGGCAUGCCUGCUGGCCAACUAUGGCUUUGCUGUGCUGGCUCUGGCUUACUACAGCUAUGAAGAUCUCCCCAAAGAGAUGAAGGAAUUCCACCUGGAAUAUUUUGAAGAAGCUGUAAACUAUAUGUUACAACACACCCAGGUUAAAGGUCCAGGAAUUGGGUUGCUUGGAAUCUCAAAGGGUGGUGACCUGUGCACCUCCAUGGCCUCCUUCCUAAAGGGCAUCACAGCCACUGCCCUUAUCAACGGCUCAGUGGCAAAUGUGGGUGCAGUGCUCCGCUACAAGGACAUCACCAUUCCACCUCUUAAUAUCAAUUUGAAACGCAUCAAGGUCGGCAAGUCUGGGAUUGCUGAUAUUUUUGAUAUAUUGAACAACCCACUAGAAGGGCCUGACCAGCAAAGCUUUAUCCCUUUGGAGAAGGCCGAGUGUCGCUUCUUGUUCAUUGUUGGCCAGGAUGAUCGCAACUGGAAAAGCGAAUUCUUUGCAGUUGAGGGGAGCAAACGUUUGCAAGCUCAUGGGAAGGAAAAGCCUGAGAUAGUCUGUUAUCCUGGAGCAGGGCACUACAUUGAACCUCCCUUUUUCCCAAUGUGUGCAGCCUCAAUGCACCUGCUAGUUGGCAAACCUGUGGAGUGGGGAGGGGAGCCCAAGGCACACUGUGAGGCACAGAUAGAUGCUUGGCAGCAGAUCCAAGCUUUCUUCCGGAAACACCUCACAGGCAAGCCAUCUGGAACAUCCAGUAAUCUGUGAUGUGAAGUAGAUUACAGAUGAAGAUGCUGGUGUUUCAAGAUUGCUUUGUUAAAUGGCUCAGAAUGAGAACAAGGAACAUCAGAGAAUAAGCUAUUGGGUUUCUUGGAGGAUGACAGCGGGUGAAAGCAUAAAAGCUGCUUUGUUUUUACACCCUCCUCUAACCUUGAUUAGAGGUUCUUAGCCUCCUGCUUUGUGUAGUAUAGGAUUAAAAGUUGUGGAAGACAAAUGU